AUCCUAAGGAGAGCGAAAUGGAGGGGUGUGUGUCUAACUUGAUGGUCUGCAAUCUGGCCUACACUGGAAAGCUGGAGGAGUUGAAGGAGAAGAUCCUGGCCGAUAAAUCCUUGGCUACCCAAACUGACCAGGACAGCAGAACUGCAUUGCAUUGGGCAUGCUCAGCAGGACAUACAGAAAUUGUUGAAUUCUUGCUGGAGCUUGGAGUGCCAGUGAAUGAUAAAGAUGAUGCAGGCUGGACUCCUCUUCAUAUUGCUGCUUCUGCAGGCCGGGAUGAGAUUGUAAAAGCCCUUCUGGGAAAAGGUGCUCAAGUGAAUGCUGUCAAUCAAAAUGGCUGUACUCCUCUGCAUUAUGCAGCUUCCAAAAACAGGCAUGAGAUCGCUGUUAUGUUACUAGAAGGUGGGGCUAAUCCAGAUGCUAAGGACCAUUUUGAGGCUACCGCAAUGCACCGGGCAGCAGCCAAGGGUAACUUGAAGAUGAUUCAUAUCCUUCUGUGCUACAAAGCGUCCACAAACAUCCAAGAUACUGAGGGUAACACUCCUCUACACUUAGCCUGUGAUGAGGGGAGAGUGGAAGAAGCAAAACUGCUGGUGUCCAAAGGAGCAAGUAUUUACAUUGAGAAUAAAGAAGAAAAGACACCCUUGCAAGUGGCCAAAAGUGGCCUGGGUUUAAUACUCAAGAGAAUGGUGGAAGGUUAAGCAGCUUCGAUUUAUUCUUUAUUUGUGUUAUGGUUGUCCUCAAUGUCCUGGAAACUAAUGUACUUUGUGCACAAGACUUCAUCUAUGUAUGAUGAAGUUUUUCUCACCUGUAAAGUCUUGUAACAUGUUGAAUAUGGUUCCUGCUAAGGUACUUGUUCUAAGCUUACAACUUGCUGUCCAAGCAUUGAAUAACUGUUGAGAGUGUUCUUGUUGUUGUAUAUUAUUCUAUAUUGAAUUUUAGCUAAUUUUGGGUAAGUGAGUCUGUGGUCAUUGUGCAUCUUUGGCAUCCUCCCGUGCACCGUCUCCCCCUCUGAGGCAAAACAACCCCAGUAGCACCAGGCCACUUGUUUUGCCAAAUGUUUCUAGGUGGAUUCUAGAAUGUUCCUCCAUACAGUUGAAACUUACCCUUGUUUUCCAAGCUGAUUUGGAGGCCUAUGCCAAAAUUUUCGUUUUUUUUUUUUUUUCUCAAUCAUAAGGUGUAAUUUAUUUUUGUUAUAGGAGGAAUCCUUAUGGUUUUUAGUGGACCAAACUUUAAGUUGGAGGGCAUUCAUAAACACUAAAAUAAAUUAAAUAAAAUAAUGAAAAAUAAUAGCCAUGUAUCUAUGUAUCUUUUUAAUGAGCUGUUUCAUUCUAAAAUAAAACAUAUUUUUAAAAGGCAGUUUUUAAAGUACCUAUUUAAGUCAUCCUGUAUUGAAAGGAAUGUCAAGCUUGUUAAAAUGAUACGUAACAAAAACAUAUUUUGAUUUGUAUUUCAGAAAUUAAAAAUGUUGAGAGAAUCUUCCAAUUUUUCUCUCAAAAGUACUUAGUAAAGACAUUUCUCAGUUUGGGGUAGUUCUAAAGUCAAUAAGAUUAGUGAAGCGUGAACUGCAGCUAAAGUCAUUGAAAUAGUAAUCUUCUGAACUGCUAAUUAAGUCUGGAGCAAAAGGAAAUUAAUGAGUGUAAACUUGAACUCAAUUUAAGGUAACAUCUUAAAUGACCACUAGUCAUAAAAUAUAAUGAACUCCAAGUGACUCUUCAAAUUAUUUGUUCAAUUUGAAUUUUAUGCUACAAAUAUUGCUUGAAAUAAGUGAUCCAAGUGAGCCCACAAGUUUGCAUCGAUUUUGGCCAAAGACUUAAUGACAGUAGUGAAAGUGAAUUUUGUAAGCAUGUACUGUGGUGUUGAUAUACAACCUUUUUUUACAUAAAAUAUUUUGAGUGCUUAUCUUUACAAAUAUUAAUCAGGGAAGCACCUUAAGGAACUAAACUUUGUUGAAUGCUGGUGAUAAAGUUGAUGGCAGAGGGAAUCAUUUCCAUUUUUUUUUUUUAGCAUGGUCAAAAAAUAAAGUUGUGCCUUAUAGGGCC